AUGUAUGAAAAUAAAAGUAAAGUAAAAGACUUAAGUUUAGCUCCAUUUGGUAAGCUACAAAUGCAAAUAUCUGAAAAUGAAAUGCCAGGAAUAAUGACCAUACGAGAAGAAUAUGAAAAACUGAAGCCUCUAAAAAAUGCGAAAAUAAGUGGGUGCUUACAUAUGACUAUCGAAUGUGCGUUAUUGAUUGAAACAUUACAGAAGUUAGGAGCACACGUAAGAUGGUGUUCAUGUAAUAUUUACUCAACUGUAGAUUACGCAGCUGCAGCUGUGAGUACGUUAGAAAAUGUAACUGUUUUUGCAUGGAAGGAUGAAACCCUUGAAGAAUAUUGGUGGUGUGUGGAAAGUGCACUAACAUGGGAGGAUAAUGAAGGACCUGAUUUAAUUGUUGAUGAUGGUGGUGAUGCAACUCUGUUAGUACAUAAGGGUGUAGAAUAUGAAAAAUUAUAUGAAGAAAAAAAAAUAUUACCUGACCCAGAAUCAGGAAUAAAUCAAGAAGAAAAAUGUUUUCUAACGUUGUUAAAAAAUUCUAUUAGUAAAAAUCCAAAAAAAUGGACUAACAUUUCAAAAAAAAUUAUUGGAGUAUCUGAAGAAACAACAACUGGAAUUUUAAGAUUGAAAAAAAUGGAUAAAAAUAAUGAAUUACUUUUUACAGCUAUAAACGUUAAUGAUGCAGUUACAAAGCAAAAAUAUGACAACAUUUAUGGUUGUAGGCACUCUUUACCUGACGGCUUAAUGCGAUCUACUGAUUUUUUAAUUUCGGGAAAAAUUGUUGUUAUAUGUGGAUAUGGAGAUGUAGGUAAAGGAUGUGCAUCAUCUAUGAAAGGGUUAGGUGCAAGAGUAUAUGUUACAGAAAUAGAUCCAAUAUGUGCAAUUCAAGCAGUUAUGGAAGGUUUUAAUGUUGUAACUUUAGAUGAAAUUGUUGAGAAAGCAGAUUUUUUCAUUACCUGUACAGGCAAUGUUGAUGUUAUUAAAUUAGAACAUUUAUUAAAAAUGAAAAAUAAUGCUGUAGUUGGUAAUAUAGGACAUUUUGAUGAUGAAAUACAGGUUAAUGAAUUAUUUAAUUAUGAUGGAAUUCAUAUCGAGAAUGUAAAACCUCAAGUAGAUAGAGUUACCUUACCAAAUGGAAAUAAAAUUAUUGUAUUAGCAAAAGGAAGACUUUUAAAUCUGGGAUGUGCAACAGGUCAUCCAGCUUUUGUCAUGUCUUUUUCUUUUUGUAAUCAAAUAUUUGCACAAUUAGAUUUAUGGGAAAACAGAAAUAAUUCAAAAUAUCAAAACAAAGUUUAUUUGUUACCUAAACAUUUAGAUGAAAAGGUUGCAUUUUAUCAUUUGAAGAAGCUAAACGCAUCCUUAACCCAUUUGGAUGACAAGCAGUGUACGUUUUUGGGUGUACCCAAAAAUGGCCCUUACAAAAGUGAUCAAUACAGGUACUAG